CUGGAAACACGCAUGCGACUUUCGUCUAGACAUCUUAUGUUAGCCUCUCCCUACUUCGACUCUAUGCUGAAAGGGCCCUGGCAAGAAGGCACCAAAGAACCUGGUUCCGAUUAUUCUGUAUAUGCAGAGGAUUGGGACUCUGAUGCGUUGUUGAUCCUAAUGUAUAUUCUUCACGGCCGAAAUCGAAACGUUCCCCGAUCUGUACGUCUAGAGAUGCUCGCAAAGUUCGCAGUCCUGGUUGAUUAUUAUAAAUGUCAUGAAGCGGUUGAGCUUGUAGCAGAGAUGUGGAUUUCGAGGUUGGAACAUGAUUUGCCAAAGGAAUACUGUCGUGAGCUGGUGUUAUGGCUAUUUGUAUCUUGGGUAUUCUCCAGGGCCGACCUGUUUAAGGUUAUAACUGGGACUAUCUUGAUGGAGAGUAAGGGAGCACUCCAAACUUUGCGCCUCCCAAUCCCAGAAAAGCUCGUUGAUACAAUCGACCAAAAGAGACAGGAAUCCGUCGAACAGAUCCUUGCUGUGCUCCACGAUCUGCUUCUAUACCUGCGCGAUGAUCGAUCCGGAUGCACUUUCGAAUGCUCGUCAAUAUUGCUUGGUGCCCUUACGAAAGAGAUGAAUACGAAAGGGAUCCUUAGCCUAGAACGGGGAUCACUAUUAACAGGGACAAGCUUUAAUGCGACAAUGAAAGCUGUACUCAACAUACGGUCUCCUAGAUGGUAUUCUAAUGCAUCGUAUUAUGGAGCU